CUGGAGUUGUGAAGACGUUCUAGGACGAUUUGUAUAAAGAGUGUAAGACGAUUCUGGGUUGGUAAAAACAAUAUGCAUGGAGUGGAAUUAUAUUCUUACUUCAGUUUUUGAGUGCUGUGAAGUGGGAACAGAAGGAACAUAUCAAUUAUGGAUGUCCGACGUACACAACUAUUUCAAUUCUAGUCUGAACUUCAGCAGAUUCCGAAAUUGAAUUAUUAAAGAUUUUAGAGACAGCUUUGACAAUGUUAUACUGUCAUACAUUUCCCUUAUGAGCGUCCACAAGGAAGUCUACAUCCGCCGCAUACAGAUGAAAAAUUAACAACCUGAAAAAAACAACGACACAACCCUUGGCCGGAUUUUUUAAAAAUUAUAUGGCCACACAAGGUUACAGAGGAAAAUUAUUCAAUUCUAUAACCUGGAUUUAAUUUAUCGCAUUUUAUAUCAACUGCAAUCGAUUCACAGUGAGGUAAAUCCUGCGUUGCCGCUCUCAAGUUGUCAGCAACGAAACGCCGAAAGCCAAGCAUUAAAAUAAUGCUCACUUGCUGAAAGUGAAACAUUGAUGGAUGGAUGUGCUCUGUACUGUUGCUUAUAAUUUGUGAAGACUUGGCUAGUCGAUUUUCAUAUACCAAACAGGGAUCAACUUGUAAUGAUGGAAAGCGAAUCCAGUUGAUAGAGAGUGGCGCAUGGUGUCUCCCAUGGUAUCCAGUAAUUACAGGAUGAAACCAGAUAUCUUGACGAACAAUGCAGAAAAUUCGUUCUAUCAUUUGUAGGGGAUCAAGGAUUGUUGAGGUUAAUCUGUAAUUUUUAUUGAUGAAAUUCAACUGUGAGAUUGGCCUUUUUUGGAAGCAAGUAUAGGUAAAUUUGAUAUAUCUAUAGUGCCUAUCUAGAUUGAACUUGCAAAGCAAAUGAACUAUAGUAAGUGAUAACUUAAAAAUGGAUUCGGGUAUCUGUAAUGAAACGUCGAAAAACAGUACCACCAUCCGGUCUGAAGCAUGGGGAGCAACAAUCAUAUCUCCGGUGAUUAUGUUUGUUGCGGGAACACUCGGAAACAUACUGGCCUUGCUUGUUCUUCGGAAGGGUAGAUUGUCAAACAGCAUCUUCUACACUAUGGUCGCUGGACUAGCGUGGACGGAUCUAGCCGGUAUCAUUCUGACCUCGCCUGCAACUCUUGCCGCUUAUCUGAACGACAGAAAAUGGUUCGGUGGCGACGAAUUCUGUCGAUUCAAUGGGUUCGUUAUGGUAUGUUUUGGUUUAUCCACGCCUCUAAUCGUUAGCAGCAUGGCAAUUGAACGUUUCUUAUCCGUGCGAUGCACUUUUACACAUUCAAAGCUUUUCAAUAAAGGACGAGCAAAAGUGACACUGAUUGCUCUGUGGCUGUUUGUGCUAAUUAUCGGAAUUAUGCCGCUGUUUGGAUUUGGGACGUUUGUUGUGCAGUAUCCAUGCACAUGGUGUUUCUUCGAUUUUCACAGUCACGACCCUUUGUUGGUCGGAUAUGGUUAUCUUUACGCCUCCUUGAACAUUGCUGUUCUCUCUGUAAUGAUCGUCUGCAACACAUACGUCAUGUUUACCCUGCUUCGAGUCCGAUAUCUCAAGAAAAGGGCAGAAACCGCACAAGGACAGCUGGAACAUCAAACUACCACCGGAAUUGACUCGAAUAAGAAACGCAAGCAACGAAACACAGAAUUGCAAAUGUUUGUUCUUAUGUGUUUCUUGACGACUGUUUUCCUAAUUUGUUGGACCCCUUUCAUGGUUCACAUACUAAUUACAAUAGCUAGUGGAAAACCAAACUAUCCCAUGGAUCUAACAACGGUACGAAUGGCAAGUUUCAAUCAAACCUUGGACCCAUGGAUGUACAUUAUUCUGAGGAGAUCCUUGUUCAAACGCUUCAAGCGAAUUCUACGAAGACUGGUUUGUUGUAAAAAAUCUCGACCGAAUGUAAACAAAAGACAUGCUCACGACAAUCACUUGCGUUGUUACAGGAAGCCGUGUUACGCGGCACUUCCGUUCCAGGUAGAGGGGCAGGUAACUCCUUCUGGACGGUGUGUUGUCAAACUGCAAAGGAGACCCCGCAGCUUCAAUAACGAAAUCAAACAGGUGCAUUCCCUACCAGAUGUUAUGAAGGAUACCUAUUCAAAAACGCCGAAAGAUUAUAACAAUCCAGACGUGACUGGAUCACAACAUGGCAAUGACUUUCAAUUUCGCUCUAGUGCAAAAAGGUCGGUUUCAACGAGGAAAGAGGCUGGAUUAACAACCUCAAACAAAGAAGGAUCAUCAUCAAACAAAACCAGCUCAAAAGAUGGCAGUGACUCUUCAAUGUUGGAACUAAAGGUUUUCAGCACAGAUAUUAAAUCUUCUGAUGACGAGGAGCUCGAGACGGCUGAUGUUUUCGUCACUAAAUCCACAGAGCUAUCGAGUGGUACUCCGGAAGUGAUUUGGAGGCCCCAGCGUCCAAAGCUAGCGUCUGACGCCACACAUACACACGUACAACACCCAUGCUCCAACGAAAUUUUCAGCUGGUGAUACGAAUGACAUUUCCAUGAUAAGAACAUGGUUAGGGAAAACAGGCAGGUGCAUGCCUCUGAACGCAAAUCCAAAUAUGCGAUUCAUGUUGAACUUCGGACACUGCGUAUUGAUCACGAAAACCAUCAUAAAUUGCUCUCUUUGGUUUGAUCAUAAACAUGCUGCUAAUUUCAAAGAAACAUACGAAAGGUUUAACUGGAGAUCAUAUUUUCUUCUUCAUGAAAUAUUAAUUAGUAGUAUGGCCGAAUGUAGCUGUUUGAGCCAAUUCCAAGUUGAACACGGUAUUGUUAUAAUUAGAAUAUACAUUGAGGAAGGCGCGUGCCUCCAGAUUGUUUUUUCGUAUAUGACAAUAUUAAUGGUUAAUAAACUGUUCGAAGUUACGAUUGAAAUGGGGGUGCAUCAAGAUGCAUACAUAUAUUCAAGCUUUGGGCAGCACUUGAUUUCAUUUGGCUUACUUCGAUGCUCUCCCGAAGAGCCAAUCCUCUAUGUCUGGAGACGAGGCAAGUUCAGCUAUCCUCGAUUUCACCACACAAUGCCUCAUUGUUCAGAUGUCUACUUAAAAAGAUCAGUUGAGAUAGGAAACCAGAUGAAAUUUGCGAAUAUAUAAUUGCAACUGUAUGUUUGUUGUUUUUUGUUUUGGUUUAAAACAUGAUAUAGAACAAAUUUAGGAUAUCCUGUUUUACGAAAUUAACCUGCAUAUUUUAUACGACAAAAGCCUUCGAUACUACGAUUGAUUGAUUGAUUGUAUCUUGUUUAAUGUCUCGCUCGAGAAUUUUUCACUCAUAUGGAGACCGAUACUACGAGGUUCUAGAUAAGGUGAAUCAGGUAUUCUUAGCUAUGAGCUGCACCGGGCAAAAUAUCGAUGCAAAAGUACGAUCAUUGUAAAUACAUGUGUUUCUUUUCUUCUAAAUUUUUGAUGUCUUUGUGAACAAUCUAGUAUUGGUUGUAUUGUAUGUUCAUUUCUAUAUUUAUUUUUUGGGGAAAAAAUUCUUUGCAGGUCAGAAAAGUACAGAUCACAUUCCAUAACCUGAAGAAUGCAGUCUAGAUUAAUAUAUCGACUAAUACUGUAUAUAUGCUUCUGUAUUCGCUUUUAAUAAAACGUUGAAUGUAA